GCCAGGGACUGGGUCAGGACCGAACUCCGGGCCUCCCCGGCCAUCGGCCAUCGCUGCCUGCUCGGUCCCUUCCCCUUGCUCGCUCCCCGCCCUCCAGAGCCGAGUGGAGUGAGUGGCGUCGGCGGCCUCACCCUGAGGGGCACCGCGGCUUCAGAGGCUCUGCCUCCAGCGCGGCGCGAUGUCGGGCGCCGUGACGGCUCUGUGAGUCCGAGGCCGCGGCCGUGGCGCGGGGCGGCGGCGGGGCCAGGCCGGGUCCGCUCAUGGUGCCGCCACGACUCCAUCGCGGGGCAGGGAGGCCAGGUGCACUGCAUUCGUCACUUUUUAGAGUGAGAUCUGUGAAGAUUUUAGGCAUUGCUUUUGAAGAUCUCAGAGAGGCCCUUAAAACGAGACUACAGAUGGUGUGUGUAUUUAUCAUGAGCCGAAUGAAUUCCCAGAACGGUGGAUUCACUCAGCGCAGGCGAAUGGCUCUUGGGAUUGUGAUCCUCCUGCUUGUUGAUGUGAUAUGGGUGGCUUCCUCAGAGCUCACCUCGUAUGUUUUCACUCAGUACAACAAACCAUUCUUUAGCACCUUUGCAAAAACAUCUAUGUUUGUUCUGUACCUUUUGGGCUUUAUUAUCUGGAAGCCAUGGAGGCAACAGUGUACAAGAGGAUUUCGAGGAAAGCAUGCUGCUUUUUUUACAGAUGCUGAAGGUUACUUUGCUGCUUGCACAACAGAUACAACUAUGUACAGUUCUUUGAGUGAACCUCUUUAUGUUCCUGUGAAAUUUCAUGAUAUUCCAAGUGAAAAACCUGAGGACACAAACAUCAAUACUGAAAAAAUUCCUAAAAAAUCUCGUGUAAGGUUCAGUAACAUCAUGGAGAUUCGACAGCUUCCAUCAAGCCAUGCAUUAGAAGCAAAGUUGUCUCGCAUGUCAUAUCCUACUGUGAAAGAACAAGAAUCCAUAUUGAAAACUGUGGGGAAACUGACUGCAACUCAAGUAGCAAAGAUUAGCUUUUUCUUUUGCUUUGUGUGGUUUUUGGCAAAUUUGUCAUAUCAAGAAGCACUUUCAGACACACAGGUUGCUAUAGUUAAUAUUUUGUCUUCAACUUCUGGACUUUUUACCUUAAUCCUUGCUGCAGUGUUUCCAAGUAACAGUGGAGAUAGAUUUACUCUCUCUAAACUAUUAGCUGUAAUUUUAAGUAUUGGAGGUGUUGUGCUGGUAAACCUGUCAGGAUCUGAAAAAUCUGCUGGAAGAGAUACAAUAGGUUCCAUUUGGUCCCUUGCUGGAGCCAUGCUCUAUGCUGUUUAUAUUGUUAUGAUUAAGAGAAAAGUAGACAGAGAAGAUAAGUUGGAUAUUCCAAUGUUCUUUGGUUUUGUGGGUCUGUUUAAUCUGCUGCUCUUAUGGCCAGGUUUCUUUUUACUUCAUUAUACUGGAUUUGAGGACUUCGAGUUCCCCAAUAAAGUAGUAUUAAUGUGCAUUAUCAUCAAUGGCCUUAUUGGAACAGUACUCUCAGAGUUCCUGUGGUUGUGGGGCUGCUUUCUUACCUCGUCACUGAUAGGCACACUUGCACUAAGCCUUACAAUACCACUGUCCAUAAUAGCUGACAUCUGUAUGCAAAAGGUGCAGUUUUCUUGGUUAUUUUUUGCAGGCGCCAUCCCUGUAUUUUGUUCAUUUUUUAUUGCAACUCUCCUGUGCCAUUAUAAUAAUUGGGAUCCUGUGAUGGUAGGCAUUAGACGAAUUUUUGCCUUUAUAUGCAGAAAACAUCGAAUUCAGAGAGUUCCAGAAGAUAGUGAACAGUGUGAGAGUCUCAUUCCCAUGCAUGGUGUUUCUCAGGAGGAUGGAGCUAGUUAGCUGUUGUCUGUAGUCCAGCUUGAUGAUGGAACAUUCUACAGUGAAGAGACAACCUGGCAAGUUUUUGUAGAAAAAUGUUUCAGUGCCUAGUCUGAAAAAUAGUUUCAGUUCUUUGAAACUCUAAAAUAUAUUUUCCUCAUGUCUGUUUUCUUCAUUUUCAAAAUGAAGUACUUUCUAUGUAGCUGUGUACAUAUCACUGCAGUUAUAGGAAGUUCCAGUUCAUAGUCAAUCUAAAAGACCAAUCUGCCUUACAUAUCUCAAGGAAUUCAUUUGAUGAAAUCAUUUGAACUAAUCAAGGAAUAAAAUCCAAAUGUUCUGGAGACUAUUUUCACAUACUUGUUAAAUGCUGUACUAAAUUAUGUUUCCAGGAAAUUAUAAAAGUAUGUAGAUCAGUAUUUCUGGCAGUUAAAAUGCUAAAAAUAAGCUUCCUGUAAUAGGUACGGAUUUUUGAGUUUUGUAGAAUGUUGCAAAAUAACUCAGAAAAAUAUCUCAGAAACAAAUGUUUAAUUUAUGUAACAAGUGUAUUUGUGGAGAUUUGGUGGAACUUUAAAGUGAAUAAAUAUUUGAAAAAAGAUUCUGGUACACUUACACUACAUAUACUGUAUUAUCCUUUCAUAGCAUUAGGUGCCUUGUACUUAAAAAAUGUGAUAAACCAUGACAAAUUUUUAAAGGGGAAGUACUGUAAAAUGAAAAAGUACAUAUUUCAAAAGGCUGUAUUGCUGUAAAUUUAAUUGUUAAAGCUCUGUUAGAGUUUUAAAGAAAUAUUCUCUCUUCAAUUAAAAAAUUUUCAUAAUGGAAUGAUUUAAAUUGAAGUGACAAAAGAAUACUAUUAAACUUAAAUGUUUAUAUGU